AUGGCGGGGAUCCUGGCGGCAAUCUGGGUCAUGCUCAUAGAUGUCCUGUUCUUCUGGCAAAGGAGAUUCCUUAGAUGGCUGAUGAAGAAAAAGCCUGUUCAAGUCUGGUCUGACAUCCUGCGGGAUGCAAAAACGUACGACGAGUGGGAGGAAGCCGCAUUCCAGCUCGAUGUGCUGUUGGGGAAUGAUUUAUGGCGCCAGAAUCCUACCUCGAAAUACUACGACUACAGACUCAUUCACGAACGUCUCCAGUCAAUUAUUCUUGCCCGGGAAGAGGGGGAUAUCUUGCAGUUAGUCAAUCUCCUACGGUCUGGCCUAGUGCGAAACCUAGGCAAUAUCUCAACACCGCGGCUGUUCAAUCGGGCUUUUGCUGGGACCAAACUGUUGAUUGAGGACUAUAUCACACAAGUCGCUCAAGCUAUUGCGGAUGUCGCGAAGCUAGCGACCUCCCCGGGGGCAGAUGGCAGUGGGGCAAUUGCGGGGUUUAGCAGUCAGGUAAAGAUGGACUUGUUGCAUGAUACAAGGCAGGCUUUUGGUAGGAGCACACUCGUUCUUCAAGGUGGCUCAAUCUUUGGGUUGUGCCAUCUUGGAGUGGUGAAAGCUUUGUUCGCGCGAGGGAUCUUGCCGAGAAUAAUCACCGGAACCGCCACUGGAGCUUUGAUUGCGGCGCUCGUUGGCAUACAUACCGAAGACGAAUUGCCAAAAUUUCUCAGUGGUGAGAGUAUUGAUCUUUCUGCCUUCGCGGGAAAGUUUGGCGUUGUCCUUGAAGAUGGACAUCCUGCCCCUGGAUUCCAUAGUGGUUGGUUUGAGACUCUUAGCAGAAGAAUUAGGAGGUUCUGGAGAGAAGGGUACUUCUUGGAUGUUAGCGUGCUGGAGACAUGCGUUCGUGAUAAUGUUGGAGAUCUGACUUUCGAAGAAGCAUAUAAUAGGACGAAACGGGUGCUCAAUAUUACGGUUGCGACUAAUGGUAGAAGCGGAGUCCCAAACCUCCUGAAUUACCUGACUGCGCCGAAUGUUUUGAUCUGGUCUGCUGCCAUAGCGUCGAAUGCAUCUUCUCCGUCACUCUAUGGCCGCUCAAUUACCCUGAAAUGCAAGGAUGCCACUGGUGAUAUUGUCCCUUGGUCGACAGCCUUGGAUACAACGUUUCGACCUUGGACUCAUGUCUCAUAUACCGAUAGAGACUCACCAUUGUCAAGAAUUGCAGAGCUCUUCAACGUUAAUCACUUCGUCGUCUCCCAGGCUCGGCCAUAUCUCAUCCCUUUUCUCCAGAGCGAUAUGCAUGGGCCUUCUCCUUUUUACACCCGAGGUGGACGGACGUCUUUGACAGGUGGAAUACUGAGGCUCUUCACAAUGGAACUCCAUCAUCGCCUCCAGCAGCUCGACAGCCUCGGCAUGCUGCCUCUGUCAAUCAGACGUUUCCUAGUGGAUGAACAUAUUCCAGCAGCUUCGGUAACGCUCGUUCCCGAGCUUUCAGUGGGCGACUUUAUACGUUUACUUGAAACACCUACUCAGGAAAGUUUGGAUUACUGGAUCCUGCGAGGGGAGAGAAGUGUGUGGCCUGCUGUGGGAGCCUUGAAGGUAAGGUGUGCAGUGGAGACCGAGCUCGAUCGUGGCUACCAACUGGUAAGAAGGAGGAAAGCUGGCGGCCUAAGGAGAAGAGGCAGUGCUGUUGAUAAAAAUUCGUUGAUAUUUGCCGCAACGGGGACAUAG